UAAUUUCAGCCAUUGCGUUCCGCCAUUUUGCUUGGUCGUGGAGUGAACGUAAAAUUAUUCCUAUGUAUUUUAUCGCGAGUAUUAAUUAUUUAGUUUAGAAUUAGUGUUUCGCCACACUAAUGGCUUGCUUAAAUACACUUAAGUUAGAAAUCAAAACUUUAGAACAAGUGUUUCCAAAAAGCCAUGAACGUUUUCAGAUAAUGUCUGCUAGUGUCGACGAACUGACCUGCAGAUUCGUUGGCAAAAAUGGAAAGAAAUAUGAAAUACAUGCGAAUAUUACUGAGACAUACCCUAAUACACCACCAGUGUGGUUCGCUGACAGCGAGGAUCCCAUUGUGACAAAUGCUGUCCAGAUCCUCAGUAAUACACAAGGAAGAGAUAAUCAUGUUAUAAAUCAGGUUGGUAUAUUAUUGAGAGAAUUAUGCAAGUUACAUGGUGUACCAGAACCACCAGAUUUGGAUUCCUUAUCACUGCCCGUCCAUCCUGCUCCACAGCAAAGAAUUCCAAGCGUGACAUCAAAUGGUGCAGAAUCGGGGACUGAAGAAGACGAGGAGAUGGCGGCGGAAGAAGAUGAAUCUGAAGGAGAGGAUGACUUACCACUCGAGAUGGUAGAUGACGCUGGGCGCAGCAAUAAGGAUGAUAUGGAGACAGAACACUUAGCGACGUUAGAACGACUGAGACAAAAUCAACGACAGGACUACUUGUCAGGCAGUGUGUCUGGCAGUCUCCAAGCGACGGACAGACUCAUGAAGGAGCUAAGAGACAUAUAUCGCUCCCACUCUUUCAAGAAUAAUAUGUACUCGAUUGAAUUAGUGAAUGAUUCACUCUAUGAGUGGAAUAUCAGACUGCGCUCAGUGGAUCCGGACAGUCCUUUACACAACGAUCUGCUAUUGCUCAAAGAGAAAGAGGGCAAAGACUCAAUACUGCUGAACAUUAUGUUCAAAGAGACAUACCCGUUCGAGCCACCAUUUGUACGAGUUGUCUAUCCAAUUAUAUCAGGAGGCUACGUAUUGGUGGGCGGCGCGAUAUGCAUGGAACUGCUUACGAAGCAAGGUUGGUCAUCGGCAUACACAGUUGAGGCAGUGAUUAUGCAAAUUGCAGCCACCCUUGUGAAGGGCAAGGCUCGUAUCCAGUUCGGUGCGACGAAGGUCGUGUCGCAGUCUCAGUACAGUUUGGCGCGCGCACAACAGAGCUUCAAGUGCCUCGUGCAGAUACAUGAGAAAAAUGGUUGGUUCACACCUCCCAAAGAGGACGGCUAAUGCAGGCCCCACCGUCGCCGUUACAUAUAAGACUAACGUGCAAAUCGCCCGAGCACCCACUAAAUCCAACAAGUGACAACCAGAUCGUAAUUAUUCCAACAGAAUCGUAUGCCGAUUGUUUACUUGUUAUGUAUGACUGAGAGACUGCGUCGAACUAUGUGUACUGUAAUUGUUAAGUGCUAUGUUGAUACAUGUGGGGGCGUUGAGAGACUUUAUAAGACUUAUAGGAAAUGUUUAAAUGUGUAACGUUUUUUGUAAUCAUUAAUUUCUCAUUGAAAGUUAUCCAUAUGGUAGCCAGCCUAGACGUUACUGGAGUGUAAAGUUGGAAAAUUCUUUGCAUUUCUUUUUAGUUAUUGAAAUAAAAGAAAAACCUGUGAUUCUUAUUAAA